UUGCUUUUAAUGUGGAGCAUUGAGAAGUGUGCAAUAAUAGACUUUUAGCUUAGCAAAGACAUCCUAGACUUAUGUGUUAUGUCUUCUGUUUUUCCCUUCUGGCUUUCUGCCACUCUACUCCUCUUUCUCUACCUUAGCUUGCUAUAAACAUUUUUAACAAGCACCUUCCUUCUUUACUUCUUUGUUCCCUCUAUUUCCCUGUUUGAUUGGAUUCUUUAGCAUUUUCCACCACUGCCAAAAAAAAGUACACUUUUAUUAAAUAAAAUGAAAGCAUUUUAAGACAUAUGCCCCUCUUGGAGUUUCUUCAAAGUCAUAAGUUCUAGUUUGGCUCAAAACACUUUCUUUGCAUGGUUGACAAAGUUUAAUAUUUUUAAGAUUUUAGUCAACUCAUUUUCAAGAUUCUUUUUGGCUUCAAUGAAUGAUGGGGUUCUUCAAGAAUUUGUUUGUGUGACAAAGUUGUAAUCUUUGAACACUUUGUGAACUCAUUUUCAAGAAUUUUAGUUUGUUUGUGUGACAAAGUUGUUUUCUUUGAUCACUUUGUGAAUUCAUUUUCAAGUAAUUUUAGCUUCAAAGAAUGAUGGGGGUCUUCAAGAAUUUGUUUGUGUGACAAAGUUGAACACUUUGUGAACUCAUUUUUCAAGAAUUUUAGUUUGUUUGUGUGACAAAGUUUCUUACUUUCAACACUUUGACAACUAAUUUAAGAACUUUUUGGCUUCUAAAAGUGAUGAGGGGUUUCAAGAAUUCAAGAUUAUGUGUGUUAGUUAUCUUUUUUCUCCUCCAUUUUGGUGUUUGGUGCAACGGUGAUACUGAAAACAUGGGAGCUCCAAUGGACAAAAAUGAGAUAAAUUCUCUUUACUCUGCCAUUCAAGGCUUUGUUGGUAAAUGGUGGAAUGGUUCAGAUCUUUAUCCAGAUCCUUGUGGUUGGACUCCUAUACAGGGUGUAUCUUGUGACCUGUUUGAUGGUUUUUGGUAUGUCACAGACUUAAACAUUGGACCUAUACAUGAUAAUUCCCUAAGUUGUGCACCAAAUGUGGAAUUCAGCCCCAAUCUAUUCACAUUAAAGCACCUAAAAUCUCUCUCAUUUUUCAAUUGUUUCGUGUCACCUCACCACCAUCCAACUUCAAUCCCAGCAGAGAGGUGGGAAUUUCUUGCUAGUAGCUUGGAGUCACUCGAGUUUCGAUCAAAUCCCGGUCUCAUUGGACAAAUCCCUAAUACAUUUGGAAGACUCAUAAAGCUCCAAUCUUUAGUACUAGUAGAAAAUGGUCUCUCUGGUGAAAUGCCACCAAGUCUUGGGAAUUUAGUGAACUUGAAAAGAUUUGUUCUUGCUGGAAACAAACUUAAUGGUGAAAUCUCGGAUACUUUUGGAGGGUUCACUCAACUUUUGAUAUGUGAUUUAAGCAGAAACAAACUAUCUGGUGUCUUGCCUAAAGCAUUGUUUGGAGGGUUGAUUUCACUUCUGAAACUUGAUUUGAGUUCCAACAAAUUACAAGGCAAAAUCCCAGAAGAGAUAUCAAGAUUGAAGAAUUUGACACUUUUGGACCUUAGUAACAAUAAGUUAUCAAGUGGAUUAACUAAGUCACUUCAAGAAAUGACAUCUUUGGAAGAGUUAGUCUUGUCAAGAAACCCAAUGGGUGGAUUCUUGGAGGUUCUUGAUUGGCAUAACAUGAGAAAGUUAACAACUUUGGAUUUGUCAAACAUGAAUUUGACAGGUGAGAUACCUAAGUCUAUAGCAGACUUAAAAAAGUUAAGAUUUUUGGGACUUAAUGACAAUAAACUCAUUGGGAAAAUCCCAAAAAAUCUUGAAAAUCUGCCUAAUGCAAGUGCUAUUUACCUAUAUGGUAACAAUCUGACAGGUGCACUUCAAUUCUCUGAAUGGUUUUAUAGGAAAAUGGGAAGGAGAUUUGGGGCAUGGGGGAAUCAAAAUCUUUGUUACCCAUUUGGUUUGGUGUCAACAAGUCAUGUUCCAUUUGGGGUAAAACAAUGUCAGCAAGAACUCAAUUUUGUUAUUGAUGUUGAGACAAAGUCCAAAAUGGUAAAUGGGAAUUUUGUGAAUUCUCAAUCUUCAAUGGGAUAUUUCAAUGAUUAUAGGAUUUGGAGAAGUUUUGUAGUUGAACUAUUUAUGGUUAUUCUACUAUUGUUGAAGUAAAAAAGAAAGGAAUUUGGAUUUUGAGAAAAGAUGCCAUUCCUAAUAGUGAUCUAUCUUUUUUUUUUUUUUAAUCUUUUGUUUUACUUGAAAAUGUACCCCACAUUUUGGUUGUCUUUUUAACACAUGAAUGAAUGAAUGUACAUAUUUUACC